AUGAAGUCCUUCGCUAUUGCCGCCACCCUCCUCGCCGCCGCCCCGGCUGCCCUUGGCCAGUUCGUCGGCCUGGCCGCUCGCUCCGCCUCUCCCAUCCACUUUGGCAGCAUCAACGCUGCCGGCGGCAAGUUCUGGAUCGGCAAGGAAACCUCUUCCUACUGCCCCUCGUCCGUCGUUGCCGACUGCGAGACCGCCUACCCCGGCAAUGUCACCGUCUUCGCUGGCGGCGACAACACUCUGGGCCUGAACACGGCCGUUCCCGGCGGCCAGCAGGUCUACAUCGCCCCCGACGGCUCCCUGUCCUUCACCCAGGCGCACUCUGCCUACACUCCCGAGGGCUCCGUCACCACCGGCUUCACUCUGUCGUCGAGCUCUGGCCUGGGCUACCUCGGCUGGACCAACGGCUUCACUGCCUGCGCUUCCCCCAACGGCACCUUCCCCUACCAGAUCUUCGGCGGUGGCUUUAACCAGACCAACUGCCUCGGCUUCAACUUCCUGGCCUCCAACUACACCGGCGGCACCAACGCUUGGCAGUACGCUUAA